CUUAACUUUAUUCUUCAAGCAAUGCAGUCAUAUCAUCAUGUAUAUCCUAGACGCAUUUUUAGGAUCAUGGCAUACUUUGCAUACCGCGACAAGAGGUCAGGCCUAGUGCGCCUCUUCCGCGGGCCCGUCCAGGAGCCUGCGGGAUCCAACGGGUUUUCAUCACGAGGGCUUGUGUACGUACAUGGUGUUACAGUGAAGGCCGCCAACACCUCCUUGAACUGCUCCACGGUGAUCCCGACCCUCUGGAUGAGGGCCUCCGCCUCCGCCACACCAAUAGGAGGGUGUCGGCCUCCAGUGGCACUGUUUUCAACUGGAGAGGGACUCCGGCGCCUAAGUUUGCAUUGCUACGGGUCUGCACCAUCGUCUUCUUGGAAGGUUUCCCCUGAGUAUGAUCCUCGAGCACUCAACGAGAGCACCAAUUUGAUGGACAAUAAAUCCACCGAAUGAUCCAAUCUAGGAGAAUGGAUCACGAGAAAAUAAGAACAAGAACUCGAGAAUUGUAAGUGUGUAUUAUUAACUUGAUUCUGUUUCUAUUGAGGAUUCCCCUUUCGGGCAAUUCAGCGCAUCCUUUUUUCUUUUUGGAGGAUAUGUGAGAUUUUUGCUGUCUCUUAUGAUGAACAAAAUCAUAACUUUCGUUCUUCCGAGCAAACCAUGCGGAUGAAACUUGGAGACCUGAACUGAAGAGACUUGUUUUCAUUUGUUUCUUGUUUAUGUGCUUUUUAUUUUUGAGGUUUUUAUUUUCCCAUUUUUUCAUGUUAUUUAUAACGUUAUACAUUUGAAAUAAAGCUUCUAAAUUAAGAUGGAGUGUAUAGUUUUUUCUUGAUCUACUCCCAAUACUACAUCUAUUUUCCACUAAAGUUUUUCAGUCUCCAAAUCGAUAUUUGGAUUAAUAAUACCUCUAUAUAUGGGUGUACAUAAAACUGAAAAUAUGACAUUUCAGAAUUUCAUACUAAAUUUUCAUACUAAAAUUUAUUUUAUUAAUUUUGAGAAUUAUUAGAUAGAGAAUUUACUUAAAUAGCAUUAAAUUAUAAUGAUUUCAUUAAAUAGCAUGUGUUUUUAUUCCAAUGUAGUACUUUUAGAUAUUAUUCAUUAAUCUAUAAUUGUUUGUCGUCAUUGAAUGAGUUUUAUUUAUGGAAUAAAAUAGUGAAGUGUUUAGUGUUAAAUUUUCUUAUUAGGUACAACCUUUUUUAUUUUUAAACUGUAGCUCUGUAGGGAGCAAACCCAAACUAACAAUUUGUAAAGGAUUAAACAUGACAUUGGGUAAAGAAAUUAAUUUGUGGUGAAUUUUGAAUAUUCGCAGAAAGACAAUAC